AUAUCAUUCUUCCAACUGUCAGUUUGUAGACAGUAAUAAGCAGUGUCUUAAGUGUAAAAAGUAGUUUUAACAGUGUGGUCGACUGGGGAUUAUUGUGGGUAAAUGGAUAUAUUUAGGAACUUAUGGGUGGGGUAGUUUAAGGGGAGUUGAACGGCUGACGUAGUGCCUAUAGAGGGGUUUCAGUUCCCAUGAUGCAGUGCGCGGUCGCCAUGUUGGUUGUCAACCUAAACAAGCGCGAAACGUAAACACGCCGGAGAAUUUUUUUCAACCUGCCGAUAUGCCAGUUUCGUGUGCGGUUAUAAAUUGCAGCAAUCGUGCAAACAGAGACAAGAAGAGUUUUUUCAGAUUCCCUGCUGUAAUCAAUAACAGUGAUGACAAAACGAGGGAUCUGAGUCAGAAGCGGCGCCGUUUGUGGUUGGCAGCUGUCAACAGAGAAGAUCUCGCAUUCAAGGACACCCGAUACAUGCGUGUGUGCAGCGAUCAUUUUGUCGGCGGUUCUCCAUCAGCCCUGUAUCAGGACACCCAUCCAGGUUGGAUACCUAGUGUGAAACUUGGCUAUGACAAGGGCGACAAAGGCGACAUGGGUUCUCGUUUCUUCCGUCUACAGGGACGCAAGGAGGCGACACGACUCCGUGACCUGCGAUUUGAUGAAGAAGAGCAACAAAGUGAGGCAGAACCGGAUGCUGAACAUGCUGAACCAGUGGAUCAGGACAUUACACCUGAAGAGGAACUUAAAAGUUGCAAGAUUAAAAUUGACAUUCUUAAAUCAGAAAAUGAAUCUUUAAAACACGAGAAUCUUCUACUCAAGAAGAUAGUGCAUAAAAUGAAAGCAAAUAAUACUGAAGAUUUUGAUGGUGAUGAUGAUAAAGUACGAUAUUAUACUGGUCUACCAUCCUUUGUAUCACUACUUGCAUUGUUCAAUCUAGUAUCAUAUGGAAUUAGUCAACCUUCACAUUCAUCACUGACAAUAUUUCAAAAGCUUAUUAUUACACUAAUGAGACUCCGAUUGAAUUUACCCACUCUUGACCUAAGUUAUAGGUUUGGUGUCAGUAAAGCUACUAUUUCCAGGACAUUUAAUCAGGUGAUGGAUGUCUUGUACAUCAAUUUGAAACGACUUGUAUUCUGGCCUGAUAGAGAAAAUUUAUGGAAAACAAUGCCAAUGAUAUUCAGAAGGUAUUUUGGACGCAGAGUGUCUGUUAUAAUAGAUUGUUUUGAGGUUUUUAUUGAUAGGCCAUCCAAUUUGACAGCUCGAACCCAGACUUGGUCAACGUACAAGCAUCAUAAUACUGUAAAGUAUCUUAUUGGCAUCACUCCCCAAGGUUCUGUAAGUUACAUUUCUGAGGGAUGGGGAGGUCGUGUUAGUGAUAAGUAUUUGACAAGUAAUAGUGAUUUCACCAACCAUCUUUUACAUGGUGAUAUAGUAUUAGCAGAUAGAGGCUUUGAUAUACAAGAAAUUAUUGGUUCUUGUGGUGCAGAGUUAAGGAUCCCAGCUUUUACACGAGGUAAACCACAGUUAAGUGGCACUGAAGUUGAGGAGACAAGAAAGAUUGCCAAUGUGAGAAUUCAUGUAGAAAGAGUUAUUGGUAGUGUCCGUCAAAAAUAUAUGAUACUCAGCAGCACUGUUCCCAUUGAUUACCUGAUGACCAAGAGUACUGAUGCUGUUCCACUUCUUGAUAAGAUUGCCCAUGUUUGCUGUGCACUUACCAACAUGUGUCUAUCAGUUGUUCCAUUCCAGUGAAAGUUUAUUACUUAUACUUGUAAAAGAUUAAAUACAAAAACAAAAUGUCAAGUGUGUUUAAUGAUUUCAUAAUUAUUAUGAUUCAGGAAUAAAACCACCUAGACAUGUUUAGUGUUACCUAAAAUCCCAUUGUAUUGCAUAGGCAAUACAUCUGAUUCAGAUUAGCCCAUGUUCAUUCUGUGCCAAGCACCACUGUGGUUCACUUGAAAAAAUGUUUCAACAAUAUGAAUUGAUAAUUUCAUCAUGAAUGUAUUAUCAUUCAAACAGGUCAUGCAGUUACAUCAGAUAAAACUAAUUGUUAAUGAAAUAACCUCACAUUGAAAUGUGAUUACUGAUAUUUCUUUUAACUUGGUGAUUUUGCUGCAAAAUUAUCUUGAACUAGUGUUAGUAUGUCUUUGACCUACUUGGCAGAUCAACAGCAAAUAUUUCAUACAUAUGACUUUGAAUUACUGAUCCAAUGUACAAUCUGUCAAAUGUAGGAAUAAAUCUAAU